GGUGGCGGUAGUGCCACCUUUCACACCACAGUGGACGUCAACGAAGAAGACAAAGCCAGGGAAACGGAAAUGUCAACCGAGCUAUGUCGAGCUGCUUCCGUAAAGUCUGGGUUUUAAAGUCAACCUGAAUAAUGGAUUGCUAAUUUUAUGAAAGAAGGUAUCACAAAACACAGAUAAAGAACAAAUUGCAAAGAUGACAAACGUGUACUCCUUUGACGGCAUCCUGGUGUUCGGGCUGCUGUUUAUCUGCACUUGUGCAUACUUUAAGAAGGUUCCUCGCCUCAACAGCUGGCUGUUGUCAGAAAAGAAAGGAGUGUGGGGUGUUUUCUACAAAGCUGCAAUAAUUGGCACAAGGCUCCACGUUCCCGUGGCGAUAUCCUGCUUGGCCAUGGCCUUCUACGUUAUCUUCCUGAAAUGAUAAUGGGGCGGGACUGGAAGCGGCUGGACGACUGCCGUGCUCAGGAUGCUCUCAGUUCUGUGUCCCCGUCCUGAUCCUCGUAGCAGGACAAAUUCUGGGUCGUGUGGCAGUUGAACCCCCCCACCUCCACCCCGGACCUGUGGACUCUUUUGAAAGUCAAGGCAGUGGCGCCCCCUUUUGGCGACUCUGUUCAUAGCUCCCUGGUGAAUAUGGUGUGCACUACAGACACGAGGAAGAGGGAAACUGUGUGGGUGAUUAAAGUGGAGAGGGUCUGCUGCAGCUGCUGUCUCUGUUGUCGGGUUAAACUUUCUCGUCUUCAUCCAUAACACAUGAUUUCUAUUGAAGGACACAGAAGACCCAGGGCUAGAGUGGGUUUUUAUUCUACUUGUACGCAAUUUAAAACAGUCUGUAAAUAUAUAAAUAUAAAAGUAAACAAUAGAAAUUUUCUAGUUUGAUCACAGUGGAGAUGAUCAAUUCCAUCUGCUCCUAGCUAUGCUGUUGGAUAUCAGUUUUCCUGUCAGUGGUGGAGGGAAAGAUAGACUAAAUUAAUAUAUGAAGAUGUUUCUGUCUUUUUUUUAAUCUUGUAUAAUUCCUCCAAAAUGUCAAUAUCACCUAAACUUUUUUUAAACAUUUUGCACAGAUGUAAAUUUGUUAUUGUCUAAAUGUACACUAGAUACCCUGGCGUUCCUGUUGUAAACUCGUCGAUUGAGUGGCAUCUGUUGAGGCGUGCGGCAUCCAAGUUGUAUAAAUCUGAAGAAAAUAUGUCCGAAUGGAAAUGCAAUGCCAAAUAUGGAUGGUGCUGGAUGGUGCUGCCCAUGCCAUUUUUUUGUCAUGUACUGCUUUUCUGGCCCCAUCAAAUAUGAAAUCCUAUUUGUAAAUAAAAAAGAGAGAUCUUAAAGGGGCUACAAUUUAAUUUUGAGUAAAAUUUUGAAAACUA